CUUCAGAGACAACCUUUGAUGAUAGUGGAUUUCCAGUGUAUAGACGACGCAAAACAAAUCAUACUGUUCAAAAGAAUAAUGUUGACUUAGACAAUCAAUGGGUGGUGCCGUAUAACAGAGAAUUGUUACUCAUGUUCCAGUGUCAUAUCAAUGUAGAAAUCUGCAAUCACUCAAGAAGUUUAAAGUACCUUUUCAAAUAUUGCAUGAAAGGACACGAUCGAGCAACCAUGCUAUUGGUUAGAGCUAAAAAUACAGUGCAUGAAAGUACUCGGCAAUCAGACACUACUAAAGUUGCUCCUAUUAAUGAAAUCAAACAAUAUUUAGAUGGUCGGUAUGUGUGCGCUUCGGAAGCAAUCUGGCGAAUAUAUGGAUUUCAUAUACACCUCAGAAGUCCAUCUGUUGAACGACUGCCAAUUCAUUUAGAGGAUAUGCAGACUAUCACUUUCAACAGUAAUGAAUUGUUAACAAAUGUUGCAAAACGUGCUUCUUUUCGACUUAGUAAGCUCCAAGCAUGGUUUCAAGCUAACCGAGAAUAUCCUUGGGCACGAGAUCUCUACUAUCAAGAGUUUCCUGGUUCUUUUGUGUGGGAUGCUAAUUCAACCAGAUGGACACCUAGAAAACAAGGUUUUGUUGUUGGCAGGAUGAACUCCACAUAUGCAUCUUCGGGAGAUUUAUUCUACUUAAGAAUGAUACUCACUAGAGUCAAAGGAGCAAUGUCUUUUAGGGACCUUCGAACUGUCAAUGGACAAGUAUAUAAAACUUUUAAAGACACAUGCAAUGCUUUGGGACUUUUAGAAAAUGACAUGGAGUGGCACGAGGCAAUAAAGGAAAAUGCCCACCACGCUACUGCGUCACAGUUGCGUCAACUUUUUGUGCAUAUUAUCGUGAACUGCGAGGUCAGCAACCCAGCAAAGCUCUGGAAUGAUCAUAUCAAAGAUUUUUCAGAUGAUAUACUUUGGAAGCGGCGCCAUAUUUCUAAAAACAAUGAGCUGACAUUGUCUGAAGAGGAAAUACAAUUUUGGGCUCUUGCAGGUUAGUGUUUUAAACACUGAAUACAUUAUCACUGUUUCAUUAAUUUAAAUCUAAUAGCACAUGAAAAACUCUUAUUACUUCCAAUAUUAAAUUACUCGCAGAACUUGAGCAAAUAUUGAAUUGCAUCGGGAAGUCUCUACGGAGUUAUUCAGAUAUGCCAUUCCCUCCCGCUGAAUUUCUAUGCGGAAUUUCAAACACUCUUAUUGCGGAGGAAAGAAGUUAUGAUAUUCAGACCAUGAUAGCCGAACACCAACAGUUGCACUCAACUUUAAAUAGAGAUCAGACGGUAGUAUACAAUUCUAUAAUUGAAUCUGUUCAUAACAAAAGUGGGAAGUUUUUUUUUGUACAUGGGAGCGGUGGAUGUGGAAAGACCUUCCUUUGGCGAACAAUAAUUUCAAAAUUGAGAUCUGAAAGAAAAAUUGUUUUACCCGUUGCAUCCUCUGGAAUUGCAGCCGUGCUAAUGCCAGGAGGUAGAACUGCUCAUUCGAGAUUUAAAAUACCAUUAGAUGUAGAUGAACAUUCAAGUUGUGGUGUGAAAAUGGGAACCGAUAUAGCUGAGUUAUUACAGAAUACAGAUCUAAUUAUUUGGGAUGAGGCUCCAAUGCAAAAGAAGUAUGCAUUCGAGGCACUAGACCGAGCUCUUAGAGAUAUACGUGGCAACAUUUCAGAAGACAACAGGCUGAAGUCAUUUGGUGGUAUUACCGUAGUUCUUGCAGGUGAUUUUAGACAGAUCUUACCCGUUGUAGAGAAGGGAAAUAGGCAUGACAUUGUUAGCGCUUGCGUAAACCGGUCUUAUUUAUGGGAUCAAGUUACAUUUUACACUCUUAAACAAAACAUGAGGCUCAAAAGAGGUAAUACUGAACAGCUUAACAAUGAUAUUGAUGAAUUCAGUAAGUGGGUGCUAGACAUUGGCGAGGGACGCCUUUCAUUUAUCAGUGAUGAUGAUCCAAACAAGGAUCCAGAAGUUGUAAUUCCGCAAAAGUUUGUUAUCCCCUGCACAAAUAACCCUCUAUCUGAUAUUGUUGACAUUGUAUACCCAAAUAUUGAAUGUAAUUUCAAAGAUCAUCGAUAUUUACGGGAUAGGGCAAUUCUUGCUCCAACUAAUAAGGUAGUUGAUGAACUUAAUGAGAACAUCAUGGAUCGUAUACCAGGUGAGGAACAAGUGUACUUGAGUGUUAAUAGUAUUGAUGAAGGCCCGGUAAAUGAGACAGAACUGAAUUCGGCUUUUCCAGAAGAAUUUUUGAACUCAAUCGACAUGUCUGGACUUCCCAAGCACAAGCUAAAACUCAAACCUGGUGUCGUGGUCAUGCUGACAAGGAACAUUAAUCAGGCUUUUGGAUUGUGUAAUGGCACACGUAUGGUGGUUAAAAAAAUGUUUAAAUGGACAGUUGAAUGUGAGAUCAUCACCGGAAGUCAUUCUGGAAGUAGACAUAUAAUUCCAAGGAUGAUAACUACACCUUGCGACAACAACUCUAAAUGGCCUUUCAUAUUCAAAAGGAAACAGUUUCCUCUACAGGUCUGUUUUGCAAUGACGAUUAACAAGAGUCAGGGGCAAUCAAUGGAGAAAGUCGGUCUAUAUCUUCCAAAUCCUAUUUUCUGUCAUGGCCAACUUUAUGUUGCUAUUUCACGUGUCACUUCUCCAGAAGGCCUGCAUAUCAUGUUGGGAGAUGGAAUAAACUACACAAAAAAUAUUGUAUAUGAAGAAGUCUUUUACAACUUACCUACAGAAUAGA